CGUUUCAGCUCUAGGGUUUUUCUCGCUAGGAAAAUGCAUGAAGCCUAGAUGAUGGUUUUUGCUACCCCUAGGACUCAGCAGUUGAAUUUUUAAGUGUGUUACUGAUUCAUUUUUUCUCUCUCUUCCUCUGUCAUCACAGGUUUAAACUUACGCGAAUCGCUCUUUGGAGGAGGAGGAGGAGGAGACCCGCCGCGCGAUUGACACGCAUAUUCCUAUAGGCAUCCUCCUUCAGCCCCCACCCCCACGGCCGGAUUCGGGUGGCUCCUCUCGGAGCUGAAAUCCGAGAAGAAAUCCUUAGAUCUCUUAAAAAAAAAAAAAUCUAGAAACCAUCGGUAUUUUACUUUCCUGCUUUCUAUUUGCAAGAUGAAGAAGUUUUUCGACUCCCGGCGAGAGCAGGGCGGCUCUGGCCUGGGCUCUGGCUCUAGUGGAGGAGGGGGCAGCACCUCGGGCCUGGGCAGUGGCUACAUCGGGAGGGUCUUUGGCAUCGGUCGACAGCAGGUCACAGUGGACGAGGUGUUGGCCGAAGGUGGAUUUGCUAUCGUGUUUCUGGUGAGGACAAGCAAUGGGAUGAAAUGUGCCUUGAAACGCAUGUUUGUCAACAAUGAGCAUGAUCUCCAGGUGUGCAAGAGGGAAAUCCAGAUAAUGAGGGACUUGUCAGGGCACAAGAACAUUGUGGGUUACAUUGAUUCUAGUAUCAACAAUGUGAGUAGCGGCGAUGUAUGGGAAGUUCUCAUUCUGAUGGACUUUUGUAGAGGAGGCCAGGUGGUAAACCUGAUGAACCAGCGCCUGCAAACAGGCUUUACAGAGAAUGAAGUGCUGCAGAUAUUCUGUGAUACCUGUGAAGCUGUUGCCCGCCUGCAUCAAUGCAAAACACCUAUUAUCCAUCGUGACCUAAAGGUUGAAAAUAUCCUCUUGCAUGACCGAGGCCACUAUGUCCUGUGUGACUUUGGCAGUGCCACCAACAAAUUCCAGAAUCCACAAACUGAAGGAGUUAAUGCAGUGGAAGAUGAGAUUAAGAAAUAUACAACGCUAUCCUAUCGAGCACCAGAAAUGGUCAACUUGUACAGUGGCAAAAUCAUCACUACGAAGGCAGACAUUUGGGCCCUGGGAUGUUUGUUGUAUAAAUUAUGCUACUUCACUUUGCCAUUUGGGGAGAGUCAGGUGGCAAUUUGUGAUGGAAACUUCACAAUUCCUGAUAACUCUCGAUAUUCUCAAGACAUGCACUGCCUUAUUAGGUAUAUGUUGGAACCAGACCCUGACAAAAGGCCGGAUAUUUACCAAGUUUCCUACUUCUCAUUCAAACUUCUCAAGAAAGAAUGCCCAGUUCCAAAUGUACAGAAUUCUCCUAUUCCUGCAAAACUUCCCGAACCAGUGAAAGCCAGUGAGGCAGCUGCAAAAAAGACCCAGCCAAAAGCCAGACUGACAGAUCCCAUUCCUACCACAGAAACUUCAAUUGCGCCCCGCCAGAGGCCUAAAGCUGGGCAGACUCAGCCAAAUCCAGGAAUCCUUCCCAUCCAACCAGCUCUGACACCUCGGAAGAGGGCCACAGUUCAGCCCCCACCUCAGGCUGCAGGACCCAGCAAUCAACCUGGGCUUUUGACCAGUGUUCCUCAACCAAAAGCCCAAGCCCCACCCAGCCAGCCUUUGCCUCAGUCUCAGCCCAAGCAGCCACAGGCUCCAUCUACCCCACAGCAGCCGCCUUCCACCCCAGCCCAGGGUCUGACAACAUCUCAGGCCCAGGCCACACCCCAGCACCAACAGCAGCUCUUCCUCAAGCAGCAGCCACAGCAGCCGCAGCCCCAGCCCCAGCCACAGCAGCCACAGCAGCAGCCACAGCAGCAGCCACAGCAGCCAUCAGGCACAUUUUACCAGCAGCAGCAGGCCCAGGCUCAGCAGUUUCAGGCAGUACAUUCAGGAACCCAGCAACCAGCCAUUGCCCAGUUCCCUGUGGUGUCCCAGGGAGGCACUCAACAGCAGCUGAUGCAGAACUUCUACCAGCAGCAGCAGCAACAGCAACAGCAACAGCAGCAGCAGCAGCAGCAACAACAACAACAGCAACAACAGUUGGCCACAGCUUUACAUCAGCAACAGCUGAUGACUCAGCAGGCAGCUCUGCAGCAAAAGAGCCUGGCAGCAGCAGGACCACAGCCCCAGGCCCAACCUGCCUCUGUCCCCCAGCCAACAUCUGCUCAGGAGCCCGCACUUCAAGCCCCAGUAAGACAACAGCCAAAGGUUCAAACAACCCCACCUCCUACCAUCCAGGGACAGAAACUUGGAUCUCUGACUCCUCCAUCAUCCCCCAAAACCCAACGAUCUGGGCACAGGCGGAUUCUCAGUGACGUCACCCACAGUGCUGUGUUUGGGGUCCCUGCCAGCAAAUCCACUCAGCUGCUCCAGGCAGCUGCAGCUGAGGCCAGUCUCAAUAAAUCCAAGGGUGGGAACCUACCUAGGUCUGCAACCACCACUCCAUCAGGAUCUCCUCGCACCUCCCAACAAAAUGUCUAUAAUCCUUCAGAAGGUUCUACGUGGAAUCCCUUUGAUGAUGACAAUUUCUCCAAACUUACAGCUGAGGAACUGCUGAACAAGGACUUUGCCAAGCUGGGGGAAGGCAAACAUCCUGAAAAGCUUGGCGGCUCAGCUGAGAGUUUGAUCCCAGGUUUCCAGUCAACCCAAGGUGAUGCUUUUGCUGCUUCCUCAUUCUCUGCUGGAACUGCUGAGAAAAGGAAGGGUGGGCAAACUGUGGAUUCUGCUGUCCCACUUCUAAGCGUUUCUGAUCCUUUCAUUCCUCUUCAGGUACCUGAUGCACCAGAAAAACUAAUUGAGGGACUCAAAUCUCCUGACACGUCUCUUCUGCUCCCUGAACUCUUGCCUAUGGCAGAUCCUUUUGGUAGCACUUCCGAUGCUGUAAUUGAAAAAGCUGAUGUUGCCGUUGAGAGUCUCAUACCAGGACUGGAACCCCCAGUUGCCCAGCGCCUCCCAUCUCAGACGGAGUCUGUGACCUCAAACCGCACAGAUUCUCUCACUGGGGAAGAUUCCCUGCUUGACUGCUCUCUGCUUUCUAACCCUACUGCUGACCUUCUGGAAGAGUUUGCUCCCAUAGCAAUCUCUGCUCCAGCCCAUAAAGCUGCAGAAGAUAGUAAUCUCAUCUCAGGUUUUGAUGUCCCUGAGGGCUCGGAAAAGGUGGCAGAAGAUGAGUUUGACCCUAUUCCUGUAUUGAUAACCAAAAACCCACAAGGUGGGCACUCUAGAAACAGCAGUGGGAGCUCUGAGUCCAGUCUUCCCAACCUAGCCAGGUCUUUGCUGCUGGUGGAUCAGCUCAUAGACCUGUAGCGGUGACCCAGUAGCAGAUGCAGUUCUGUAACCUUCAUGCCGUAAUACACAUUUUCAUUACGGAGUUACGAGAAAAAUGAUUUUUUAAAAAAAUCUGCAAAUAAAGGGCCCUCCAGCCCUUUUCUCCUACCCCUUGCCUUCUCCUAUAGAAAUGAUAAGGAAAGAAAAUCACUUUGGCCCUCCAGAUAUAUUCCUUGGCCAGUUCCUCCCUGUUAGUUUGCUGUGUUUUCUCAUUAACCUUCUUCAAUAGCAUUAUCUUAAAUCAAGCGCUAGAUGCCAUGAGCUUCACUUCUGCUGGAAUUGACUCCACCAAAAGCUUAACUGUAACUGAACAUAGUGAACUGACACCUUUGUCUCAUUCUUGCUAGGAAUGGCCUCCCAAAUCAAUCCUCCCAGCCCCUGUCUCCUUGGCCAGAUGCUGAUGAAUAUGUUUUCCUGUUUUUGCUUUUUAUUCUGAUGCAUUAUCAUGAGGACCCGGCUUCUUCAGCUGGUUUUAACUCUAGGCAGUAGCCUGGAGAUGGAUGUGUGGUUUAAGAGAGGGUAAAACUCACUGAUAGUAUAUGUUUGAGAAGAGAAAUUGAGCCCAGCUCUGGCCUACCAACUUUGCCCUUGUUUAAUCAUAGACUUAGCCAAGAGAUUUACACCCCAUGCAACCCACCCAGCAUUCGUCCAGCUUUCUGGCUUCCACUGAGUCGUGAUUUCUCAGAUCUGGAGAUGUGACUGCAAGUACUUGAGAUCCUUGGAUAAAAUGUGUACGUUAUAUAAACCCCAAGUAUUGCCAUUCCUUUUCAUGUUACCUGGCUCAAGCCAGAACCUCAGAAUUAGACCAAAACAAGACAGUGGUGGUAAUAUGAUACCUUUUAUUAGAAGACUUUUCACUGGGGGGUGGAUAGGGGAGGGGAAGGAAUUGUAGCAGAAACAGAUGUAUUUUUCUUGUGAUUUUUAUUUUGAAUCAAAUAUUGUAAAUUGUGUAUAAAUGAAGACACUGAAUAGUUCUGUUUCCACUUGGCGUUUCAAGUCCGAUAUCAGGUGUCUGUACAGGGUUUUGAUCACUUUCCCUUGUAUAACCACACAGCGAUUCUACAGUGUAACAUAUGGAAUUAUUUUGAGUAGAUUGUGUGUCUUGCUAUAAGCUUCCAGCAGGUCCUGUCUCUAUAGAAUAAGCAUGUUGUUUAUUUUCAGAUAAUCAGAAAUAAGUGUGCUGACAAGCUGGGCACAGUUUGGCUAUUUACCUUUCUCUCUGAUGUUUAAAUUGAAGGCUGCAGCCAAUGGAAUAUGUUCAGAUGGUUUUCCUUGGCUUCCUAGAUUUAAAAACCAAACAAGGCAUAAUUCUUCACUAACCUUAGACUGUUGUUAAUAAAAUAAAUAAAGGCCCCUGCACUGACAUGACAACAUGCCUCAUGGUCACCCUCUGUAUAUGUACUUACUCACUAAAGUGUAUUUUAUUUCCUUACAUGGAAAGUACUUUUAUAAAAUCACCCUUUUGAAAAGAAGGGGCACAGAGAACCACCUUGUUCUCUUUCUCGAGUGCCAUUGUCCAUGAUCAAAAGGGACAAACUUAGUUGAUCAGAUUUGUAUAAAUAAAAUUCCAAGUCCAUUUGCUUGUUCUCUAGCUAGUACUUUUGUUUCUUCUUCCUCACAUUUGCACUUUAAGGGUGGGGGGAUGGGGAGGAGUUUAACAGCAACAAGAGCCUGCAGACACUGCACUCUGGAGGGCCAGCUUUGACCCCAGCAGUGGAAGAGUAGCCUGGAAAGGCUUCAGAGGACAAGUCUGAACCUUUCAUUCUUCCUUCUGACUUCAAAUACUUCCCUUGCCAGCUGAAAUUAGAUGAGCUAAAUAAAGGCUUCUGCUAGGAGAACAGAUCAUUUCCAAAGUUGAGAGAGGCACAGCUUCCUGCUGAGGACAGAAAAAAAAAAGGCCGUGAAGAGCUCUCUGUGAUUGGGUAGCAGUGGAAAUAGGACAUGGUUUACCCCUUUAUGGACAGGAAACUUGCUGCAGAUCAGAAUUGUAUCCUCUUUCCUGGACACAGAAAGAAUGUAUAAAUUAACGAAGGAAAUGUUUAUUUUUAAAGAAGGAUAAAGUUUAGUUCUAUGUUUUCAUAUUUGAUUUUUUCAUAUAUAUGUGUUAGAAAUAUAAUGAACUAUAGUUUCUCAAUUUAGUUGAAACCAUGAAGUGUACAGUUUAGAAUAGGUAUCUCUAAAUUGUUCCUUUCAUGCAUUACCCAUAAUUACAUUGAAAUAUAUUAGCUAGUCAUUUGGCUCAAUAAAGCUUAAUGGAGACAGUUAAUGAAAAUAGACUAGAAGCCAGAGAUGAUGGUAGAUGCUUGAAGAAGAUAAUGACAAAGAACUAUCUUGGGCUUAUUCGUUAAGAGUACAGCCUCUUUCUGCUUUUCUUUUGAGGAAUGCACCUGAGUGAUUUGGUAAAUAGGGACUUCCUUAGUUUAUAGCAUCAUCUCUGAGCUGAAAUAGUUUAUUUGAAGUGAGCAUAAUAUUGUAGUAAUUGAUGGACUUCUGGAGCAACAGAGUGAGUUAUAAGAGAGACCUUAGAGACCAUCUGCUAGUCCAUUCACUUCAUUUUACAGGUGUGGGAUCUGAACUGAAUUAAGGCAGGGGGUGGAGAGAAGAGGCCUGGGCAGGCCAGGCCACCUGGAAUCUCAUUCCAACCGUUACCAGGCACUGGCUGAGUAAUUUUCGGCAGGUACUUCACCUCUCAGAGCUGCUGUCACUUACUUAUACAAUGAUGGUGUGACUGGAUAGAUGAUCUUAAGGUUUUAGAAGCAUAAGGUCCUAAGUAUGUAUUGUUAGGCUUUGAAGGACUAUGAAGGAUUUAUAUAAUCUUGAUGUUCUUCAGUUAUUGUCUGUAUUCCUGAUAUUAUUAUAGCAGCAUUAUAUGUUAGAGAAUUAUAAUGGACUUUAUUAACCUGUUUACUCUUUCUUGGUUAUCUGAAUAGAAUCCUAAAACAUCACAGAGUUUUGGGUGUAGAUUUUUUUUUUAAUGUUACACUCUUGCACAUGUACCCACAUGUACACCCCUACAUAUUCCAGUAAAAUAAUAUUUUAAAAUGUAGGAUCAGAGAUCUGCCAUUAAAAUUGAGCAAAUACUAUGUGCAUAUGUUUAUAUGCAUUUGCUUUUAUUCCAACUGUUUGAGAGUAAUAACUAUCCUAGCAAACAUCACAAAUUGGGGUUUUUUCCCCCUUUACAGCAUUCAAAUAAUGAAAUCACAAAAUUCAAUUCCCAAUGUUUAAAAAAAUACAGUUCUCAGAGGAGAUAAAGUUUAAAUGGACACUUCUAAAUAUGAUUAUAAUCAUUACAAUUAAUGAUUUUUUUAGCAGACGCAUUUGACAUCUAAUUGAAUGAUGUUUUCUUCAAAGGUAUCCUAGUUCACUUGGGAAGUUAAUACUUAUCUUAGUGAUGCUGUCAUCAUUCACAUUCUUUUUAAAACUCAUCUUCUUAAAAAUAACAUUAAAGAACACAUAAGCAAAUCAUUUGUAUUAUCAAAUUAUACACUUUCAGCAUCUGAAAGUAUAUUCUAUUCACUUUUUCCACUACUCCUGCUUCUGGGUAACAUUUAGCUAUUUCCAAAAAGCAAAAUCACCCCAGUAAGAUGAAGAGUGGUUAUUACUGAAGAGAGUAUAAAGAAGAAUCCACAGAAAAUUCCCAGAGAGACCUUACAAGAGAAAAUGAACAUGAUCAGUCUUAUUUUCCUUAAUACUCUGAAUAAGGGAACUUCUAUUAUAACUCCUAUCUUUAGUAUAGUUUAGAAAAUUGAAAGAUAUGAGUUUUUAAAAUACCUCUGAAAGAAUCUGUCACUUUGUUCAGUGUCAUUUGACAUUGGAGUUGGCUCUUCUUCAUCAGAAUUAAUUCAUUAGAAUUAUAACUUAGGUUGCUAAUAAUUGGUGCAAAACAAAUCCAGGAAAGUACCUGUUUUUCUCAAGAUGCUUUGUUUUACUUUUAAUACCCAUUUUCUACUCUCCCAAUAGAAAAUUGGUGAUUUUGAUUCAAAACAACGUAACCUUCCCCCAGGUCAGCAGUGAUUCUGGCUUCAGUUGCAGGAGUGAGAGGACCUUUGGGCCGAGAGCCCAGAGGUAUGGAAAGAUCUGCAUUCAGCUAAACAAAUGAAUGCUAUAGACACAUAAGGCCAAAAUAAUCUCCCAUGAUGAGGUUUUUCUGUGACCUUCAGGAGUCCUUGACUUUCUUAGUCUAUUAUCAGGGUCCUGUAGCAACUAACUUUAAGUUCAGGGAUAAAAAUUAUGCACUUCUCAAAUAUACUGAAUUAAGCAAAUCAUAGACUUCCUGGCAGAACAAAAAACUGUCAGAUGUUUAGAAUGGAAUCCUUGGUGAAACACUCAAGAUUUUGCAAAGCUGUCUUAUGUUCUUCUCUAGACACUAACUUUACCAAUCCAAAAUUAAUCUUUUCAUUUCCACACUGGUGAUGUUCCUGAAGUUGGAUGUGCUUAGGUUUCUUCAAGUGGAAUGAAUCUCAGAUGGCUCCCAUUUCAAAAAAUCUGUACCAAGAUCCUAUUUCGCUUUUCGUGGGUUUCCUUUCACUAGGAUGGGGGAGGGAGGCUCCUUGGGUAAUGCUAUCCUAUGCAAACAAAGUUACCAAAUGGUGGUAGUUGCUAUAAUGGAAGACACUUUCUCGGUUCCCAUUUUGACGCAGUGUCCUGAAUUUACUCUUUUCCUGUGAGUAUUCUACUCUGCCCUAUUGCACACACUCCUUUGUCACGUGGAUGUAUGUUUACCAUAGGUCUUUAACCUGUCCUCCCCAAGAAGAUAAAGCAAACAGAUGUACAUGAAGCUAUCUUAUGCAGUAAAAAUGUGAAAUUUGAACAUUGCUUCGCAAGUAUUGUAUAAAUAACAAGUCUGUAAACAAAUUUCUUAUGUAAACUUACAGGGAAAUAAAGACUUUUAUCUGUUCAAAUGAGAGCAUGAUGUUUAGAGAUGUAAAUAAUUUAAAAUAGCUGUUGUUUUCCUGAGUUGUAAACCCACUUUUGCUGAAUGGAUUUAAACACACUAUUGAGUGACCAGAAAAGAAAAGGCGGACACAUGGGAGAGACAUACCGAGGACAUUUUUAUGAGUCAUGCCACCUUGGAAAAUAAAACCCCUUGUGGUCAAAUAGAACAAAGCCCCUAUGGAAUGACCAGACCUGGGGUUGUAAAAUAGAGCCCAGAUUUGCAGCUGCCCUCCUUAAAUUUAAUCUAUAACAUACCAAGGCCAAAGUAAUUAAACAUUCUAGGUUAGUGAGGACAAUUGUAUGCCCAGUGAGAAAUUGCUCUCAUUUAAUUGCCUCAUAGGCUUGAGACAUGCGGCAUCACUGGCUAGUGUUGGCCCCCAUCCAGUUGUGUGUUCUGCAGCUACCCAACAUAUGGCAGAACCAGAUGCUUCUGUUUAUUAUCAAAGCCCAAAGGUCAUGGAAAUUCUUAGUGUGAUGCUCAUCCCUUAAUUCCUUAAUUUGGGUCCCAAACUGAAUAUCAACUGAUGCCACAUUUCUGAGGUCUUAUGAAGGGAAUUUUGCUUUCUAUUCACUAACUCCAUGAGAAGGCUUUUCAGUACUCUUUAUUUUCCAUUUCUGGCAAGAAUUAUAUCUUUGAUAUUCCCCAAAGUGUUAUUUAUGUUUAUGACAUGGAGAAAAGUAAAAUUCUAAUUCAUUGGACGAAGGAAUAUCCAACCCAAAAUUUAACUUCAGACUUUGAUUCUUGUGUGUGUGUGUGUGUGUGUGUGUGUGUGUGUGUGUGUGUGCGCACGCGCGCCACAUGCUUGUAAUUGAACCCAGGGGCACUUAACCACUUCCCUGGCCCUUUUGAUUUUUUGAGACAGGGUUUCACUAAGUUGCUUAGGUCUUCGAUAAAUUGCUGAGACUGGCUUUGAACUUGUGAUCCUCCUGCCUCAGGCCCCUGAGUUGCCCGGAUUACAAAAGUAUGCCACCAUGCCCGGCUCAGAUUUUCCUUCUUUAGAAAGUACUCUGAUGACCCUCAUUAGUCAGACAGAUAAAUGUUCAGAGUCAACACAUCUCAAAUCAUCAGGCACUUUUGGGGACUCCUUGCUACUCCCUGAAGCAUAAGAGGUUUUACUGAAAUCUACAUAACUUGGAGCCUCAAAAUUGACUAAUAUGGAGUCACCUCUAGAGUCUCCCUUCUGUUUACAGUGAUUAGAAUCUCUGCUUCUCUUGAUUACUCUGUUUCUUGUUCUACCAUCAAAAGAAUUCCUUAAGGAAAUGUAAAUGUCUGGGCUUCCCUUUAUUCUCUGGCAUUUCUUUAGCCUUCAGAGUGCCAGGCCUACAGAGUUGCAAAGGGAGGUUAUUCUAUGCCCCAGUCACACUGGAACCUGCUCUAAAAAGAAUGAAAAGAUUGAGGGACUAAGUUUUCUCAGGAAAAAUCAUUAAAUGUACUUUUCCAGUUUUACAAAAAAGAUGGAUGCUCAAAGACAGAUAGGAAAUAGCUUCUGUCCUUGUUUUGAAGGAGACUAAUUUCCCCUUCACACUUGAUAUUACAGUGUUUUUAUGACUGAACUUUUAAAAAUUGUUGGCAUUUUAAGUAUGGUUUAUCCCCUUACUCACCACUGAAGAAUAUGCUCUGAGUUGGAAGUUUUGUUUUAUUUGUUUGUUUUUGUACCCAGGAUUGAACCCAUAGGCACUUUCAGCCACAUUCCCAGUUCUUUUUAUUUUUUUUUUGAGAUGGGGUCUCACUAAGUUGCUUAGGGCCUCACUAAGUGCUGUGGCUGGCUUUGAACUUCUGAUCCUCCUGUCUCAUCCUCCUGAGCCUCUGGGAUUACAGGUGUGUACCACCGCACCCAGCCCCAAACUCACUUUUUAACAAAUAGUUUUGAUUCGUUUUAAAUUUCCUAAAACCACCAACUUUGUCAAAGUAGUAUACUCACCCCCCCUCCCCCCGCCAUUCUUUUGCAGUACAGGGGAUUGAAUUCAUGGGCACUCUACCAUUGAGCUACAUCACUGGUCCUUAUUUAUUUAUUUAGAUGGGAUCUUGUUAAGUUGCUAAGACUAGCCUUGAACUUGUGAUCCUACUACCUCAGCCUCCCAAGUAGCUGGAAUUAAUAGUGUUCAUUUUGAUUCUUGAUUUAGAUGAUGCCCGAAAAGAUAUUUUUAAUCCCUAAAAGAUAUUUUGCUUUCCUGCAGAAUCAAUAUGACAGUGUCAGCUUUCAGAAUAGUUUUGGAAGAUGAAAAAUUAUACCUUAAUUUUGGCAAAUGAAAGUUUUUCCAGCUGUUGCUGUGCAAGAAAAUGAUUUAAGGUUUUUAGGGGUCUCUUGUGCCUCUUUAAGGCUUGGUGAUUUUCAUUUUUGGAAAAAUUAUUUUUCCCUUCAGAAAUUGUUGCUUGAGUAUUGCUGAGACAAUAUGUCAAUAUACUUGUCUGAGAAUUAGGACUGUGUCUUUCCCACAUAUCUUGGAAGGGAAAAGUUAUCCUAUUUAUCUCCUAACAGCUAACUGAUGCCUUCAUACCACCAUGUAACUGCACAUCUUCGAGUUCUAAUACAAGGAAAAUUUUAUUCUCUUCAAAAAUCAUAAUCUUCAAAGACUGUUCCAAAAGUUACUUAGCACCAGCACUUAAAUUUCAAAUUUGUAAUUGACUAAAUACAUUCAUACAGACAGAAAGGAAAAUAAAAGUGAGUGGAAAAAAAUACUUUUUGUUCCUAGAAAAAAUAAUACUUAAGGUCAGAACUGUUUAAAAAGAAAGCACUGCUAAAAAGUUAUAGGAUUCAGAGAAACAUAGUAUUUUUGUAUAGUAUCUUAUAAAAUGUUCAGACCUCUCUCUACAUUCUCUUUACAAUGUAAUGUCUAAGUGACUGGUUUCCCAAUAAACUAAUUUUGAUGCCUC